CCCCCAACUUCCGCUAUCCCAGAUCGCAUUGCCAGCCAGGCUAUCGCAAAUGCGUCGGGUGGCCGUUCAAGCCUUUCGAUCCGCCCGUCGCCCGUGCCUGCGCAAGGUCCCUCGCAGCCGUGCCAUCGCCUUCUUCCCCAGCAAUGGGCUAGGGCAACGAUACCUCUCGCGCCAGCGUGCCUCGUCAACCCUCCUGACCUCGUCCAUGCAACUGCGGACCUUUACCGGUGCCCUGGUCGCUGCCGCCGUCGCCUCGGGCGCCUUCUACGCCUACCGGGGCACCCAGCCUGUCAGCAGCGCGACUACCGCAGAGCAGCUCAGAAGCGCGAGCAGUGACGCCGGAGAGCCGACGCGGAGAGCGCUGGUCGUUGAUCAAGGCUCGCUAUAUACCGGCACAAUCCCCGGAACCGGCCCGCUGUCCAAGGAGACGGACGACUACGGUAGGAAGGUGCUGGAGAUGCUCACCCCGGAGCAGGCGACCGAGAAGCUGAGGAAGAACGAGGAGUCAUGGAUCGUCGGCCGAGGACAGGGCGUGGUGCGAUACGAUGUGGUUCAGAUUCCAAGCAAUGAUCCCAUCGAAGAUGACCACGCCGAGAAGAUCAUCGAGGUGCCGCAGAACCUGGCAGCUACGGAGAAGGGCGCUACCUCGAGCGACUGGAUGUUCUGGGGUGUGUUUGACGGCCAUAGCGGCUGGGUCACAUCCGCCAAGCUUCGCCAGACGCUGAUAUCGUUUGUCGCACGCGAGCUCAACACUACCUACAAGUCGGCGCUCGAAGACCCUUCGCUGCGCUUCCCGACCCCUGAAUCUAUUGACAAGGCCAUCAAAGCUGGGUUCCUAAAGCUUGAUAAUGAGAUUGUGCAUGAGUCGGUCAAACAGGUGAAGAAGGCCCAGUCUAAGGGUGUGGCUGCUGAGCUCCUCGCUCCCGCUCUCGCUGGGUCUUGUGCUCUGCUCUCGUUCUACGACAGCAGCUCAAAGCUGCUCAGGGUUGCGUGCACAGGCGACUCGCGCGCCGUGCUGGGACGACGGGGACCAAAUGGAAAAUGGACAGCGACCCCACUCUCCGAAGACCAAACGGGAGGCACUGUCAGUGAGGCUGAACGGCUACGCAAAGAGCAUCCUGGGGAACCCAAUGUCGUCCGAAACGGCCGCAUUCUUGGAGGCCUUGAACCCUCGCGUGCCUUCGGCGAUGCCUACUAUAAGUGGUCGCUGCAAACGAACGAGGAGCUAAAGAAAUUCUACUUCUCACGAACGCCCUCGCACCUGCUUAAGACGCCUCCUUACGUUACUGCGGAGCCAGUCGUCACUACGACUAAGGUGGAGCCUGAGAAGGGCGACUUCGUUGUGAUGGCCACGGAUGGCCUCUGGGAAAUGCUUACUAACGAAGAAGUGGUCGGUCUAGUCGGGCAAUGGCUCGAUACGCAGGGUGGUGCGAACGGGCAAAACGCGCAGACGCAAUCUUGGUUGAAGAGCUGGUUCUCCACUCAGAAGACAUUGCCCGUCGAACAGAAAGGUUCUUCCGAUAGCACAGGUCAACGUGCGCCCAUCCGCCAACAACAGUGGGGCUUGAACGCCCUCAACGAGCGUUUCGUAGUCGAGGACAAGAACGCAGCAACACAUCUCGUGCGCAAUGCGCUGGGUGGAAACGACAAGGACCAAUUAUCCGCUCUCCUCACCCUCCCGAGUCCGUUCUCUAGGAGAUAUAGGGACGACUUGACUGUAGAAGUCAUCUUCUUCGGCGACGGACCCGUGACUGGAAAUGUCACGCUAAACAAAGAGGCUAGCGCUCCCGGUCCUGAGGUCAAGGCCAAGCUAUAAGCGUCGCGACAGAUGAUCGAUACCCCGGUUCGACCCUUGCGGACCAGCAUGCAUCUGCGUUCAACAUGGCGUUUCGGUUUGCUCCUCGCUGCUCUCGAUCCAGCGGCGUCAAGGUAUGGACAUAGUAAGCGGGAAGACUUUUGGACAUGUAGGACUAUCUCGAUUUAGAAGCGCAUGUA